AUGGGUGUGAAGCUGCACUUCAAGCUUCUUCUAGGGUUGGCGUUGGUGCCACUGCUGGCUUCAGCCAACACUACCCACGGUGACCUGUUUCCACUUUCAAUCGUUCACAUCAACGAUAUUCACGCACACUGGGAGGAAAUCGAUACGGCCAGCGUGACCUGUGAUCCGAAACGGGAGGAAGCCGCCGAUCAGUGUCUGGGCGGCUACGCACGAACGGUGACGGUUGUAAAACAGUUGCUGAAGGACCGCACGAAUCCCGUCUACCUGAACAUCGGCGAUAACUUCCAGGGUACGCUGUGGUACAACAUCCAUCGCUGGAAUGCCACAGCUUUCUUCCUCAAUUUGUUUCCAGCAGAUGCCGUGACCGUUGGAAAUCAUGAGUUUGAUGAUGGAAUUGCUGGUGUGGUCCCAUUCUUGGAAGCGCUUAAAUCGCCCGUUCUACUGGUAAACGUGGACAACUCCAAGGAACCUUCCUUCAGCAAGUUCCGCCCUUCGAUGGUGCUUGAGCGUGCCGGACGAAAAAUUGGACUGAUCGGAGUCAUUCUCCGCACCACGUACAAUAUGGCUGACACCGGAGCGCUGGUGUUUGAAGACGAAGCGGAAACCGUACGGAAGGAGGCGGAUCGGCUCGCGGCCGACGGUGUAGACAUUGUGAUUGUCCUAUCGCACUGUGGGCUCGACGUGGAUCACAUCAUAGCGGCUAAUGCAGGCCCGAACGUGGACAUUAUUGUUGGUGGACAUUCGCACAGCUUCCUCUACACGGGACAGAACGAUAACAUUCCGAUGACACCGGCUUCCGAGUAUCCCACCGUGAUCACGCAACCCAAUGGACAUCGUGUGCUGGUCGUACAGGCGUCGGCCUACACCAAGUUGGUGGGUGACAUCGUGCUGCACUUCGAUGAGCAGGGAAUCAUCCAGCAGUGGGAGGGCAACCCGAUCUAUCUUUCGAACGAAAUCGUACCCGAUGCAGAGAUAAUGGAAGCGAUCGCGCCGUGGAAGGUAGCGAUUGAUGCGGUCGGUGAGCGUACGAUCGGUUCGACCGCGGUCGAUCUUCUCAAGCCACCGUGCAACUUUGGCGAGUGUAUUCUCGGCAAUUUGAUUGCCGACUCGAUGGUAGAAGCGUUUGUACCAAUGGCGGAACCGGGACAUUGGACGUACGCGUCGAUCGCAGCGAUUGCCGUUGGACGUAUCCGGCAAAGUUUAGUUCCCGGAGAUAUUUCCUUCAAGCAUCUGAUCGAAGUGCUGCCGUUCGAGAACCAGCUGGUCUGCUACGAUCUGCGCGGUGAUCAAUUGGUCGGACUGCUGGAACAUGGUGCCGAGCUGUCCUGGGAUGAGCAUCGGUUCAAUGCGAAGAAUCUGAUGCACGUGUCCGGUUUGCGUGUCGUGUACAACGUCACCAACCCGAUCGGCCAUCGGGUGCUAUCGGUUGAAGCCCUAUGUCAGGACUGUGCCGUACCGAACUACGCUCCGGUGGAACUGUUCAAGACCUAUCGCGUGAUCACCGUAUCGUAUCUGGCCGAGGGAGGUGAUGGAUUCGAGAUCUUUCCGAGAUACGGAACAAAUAAGAUCGUCGCGCCGAUGGAGGAUGUACAGGCAUUCGAAGAUUACGUGAAACCACGAUCACCCGUUGCACCCGUGCUGGAGGAUCGUAUUCAAAUCUUCACCUAA